CCGCCACCCGCUGCCUACACUCCACUCUCCAGUCCACUGACUGAGCACGAGCGGAGCGAGCAAGUAGCCGGAGCCUCUCCAUCUCCCUUUGUGCGGCUGGUGUGUCGACCUCGGUGGUAGCCAUGGCCGCGCUGAGGAGAGGUUGGGCCGUGGCCUUGGCGGCGCUGGUGGCGGCGGCGAUGUGUGCCGGGAUGGCGUCGGCGGCCGUGUACGAGGUGGGCGACAAGCUCGGGUGGACCAUCAUGGGCAGCCCCGACUACGGCGCCUGGGCCGCCUCCAAGAAGUUCAGCCUCGGCGACACCCUUGUGUUCACCUACAACAAGCAGUUCCACAACGUGAUCGCGGUGAGCAAGGCGGACUACAAGAACUGCAACGUGACUAAGCCGACGGCCACCUGGGCCACGGGCAAGGACUCCGUCGUCCUCAACACCACCGGCCACCACUACUUCCUCUGCGGCUUCCCGGGCCACUGCGCCAUCGGGCAGAAGGUCGACGUCCGCGUGCUCUCCUCUGCUGCCCCUUCCACCGCCCCCGCCAUGGCGCCCGCCCCGGCAGCCGCGGGAGGCGGCUCAGCCGGCCGCGCCGGCGCCGCGCCCUCGCCGCACGCCAACGCCGCGUCGGCCGUCAGUAGCUCCUUCGCCGUGACGGUCGCCGCGUCCGUGCUGUCCGUGGCCGCUGCCGGACUAAACCUGCUGUAGUCCGGCGGUUUGCCGGCCGAGGAUGGACGGAUGGAUGGCGCCCUGUGAGUUGUGAGCUUGCGUUUUUCGCCGUACGAGCGCGAGCAGUCGUAGAGACAUCUCUGGUCAUCUCUCAUCUGGAUCCUGUGUUUUUUACUGUUCUGCUCUUUUUUUUUUGUGUGUGCCAUACUCUUCUCAGUGGAUCUUGGUCUGGUUUGGGGAUUUGUGCCGGUUGUCAUCGGCUUAGUUUAAUCAAUCAAGUAAGCACUCUCUUAUGGUUUUUACUGCUGAA